CCACCACCAUUAUCUACCGUCACACACCGCUCCAUUUUCCCUCCCAUUCUUCGUCUUCUCCGAUUCCGAUUCUUCGCAAUGGCUCUCAAAGCCGUCCAUGUCUCCGAUGUUCCCCAUCUCGAUCAAGUCCCGGGGAACGCCGCAUUAUCCGUUCGUUCCCCACAAUUCUCCAAAUGUGUUAAUGAGGAUGAAAAUGAAAAGUGUGGAUAUAAGUUUCCAAAAUUUGUGGUGAUUGGACAUAGAGGGAGUGGGAUGAACAUGUUGCAAUCGUCGGACGGGAGGAUGAAAUCGAUCAAGGAGAAUUCAAUCCGCUCCUUCAACAACGCCGCUAGUUUUCCGAUCGACUUCAUCGAAUUUGACGUUCAGGGCCUGGGACCAGGGAUGGCGGCCCGCCUGGUGACAAAAGAUGACUGCCCAGUCAUUUUCCAUGACAACUUUAUCCUCAGUGGAGACAAGGGUGCCAUUGUUGAGAAGAGAGUUGCUGAGAUUACACUUGAUGAAUUUCUUUCAUUUGGACCCCAAAUGGAGCCUGAAAAUAUGGGGAAGUCACUAUUUAGAAAAACAAAAGAUGGGAGAAUCUUUGAAUGGAAGGUUGAGAAGGAUGAUCCUCUAUGUACAUUGCAAGAGGCUUUCCAGAAAGUUAAUCAUUCUGUGGGAUUUAACAUCGAAUUGAAGUUUGAUGAUCAAAUUGUCUACAAGGAGGAGGAACUCACUCAUAUACUUCAAGUCAUUUUGCGGGUUGUAUUUGAGCAUGCCAAAGGGAGGCCUAUCAUCUUCUCAAGCUUUCAACCUGAUGCAGCCUUGUUGGUUAGAAAAUUGCAGGGCACAUACCCUGUAUUUUUUCUCACUAAUGGGGGAUCUGAAAUUUACAGCGACGUUAGAAGGAAUUCAUUGGAUGAGGCCAUUAACUUGUGCUUGGCUGGUGGCUUGCAAGGGAUUGUAUCUGAAGUCAGAGCCAUUUUUAGAAAUCCAGGGGCAGUUGCAAGAAUAAAAGAGUCCAAGCUUGCCCUCACAACCUAUGGCCAGUUGAAUAAUGUACCAGAGGUUGUGUACAUGCAACAUCUAAUGGGCGUUGAGGGAGUUAUUGUCGACCUAGUUCAGGAGAUAACUGAAGCAGUCUCUGAUCUAACCGGUCCAACCAAGGAAGGUAAAGAAGAAAAGAACUUCUUUGAAGAGGAAGGGAUGGUGGAAGUGAAAACAAGGCCCCAGUUCUCAAAGGAUGAACUCUCAUUUCUAAUGAAACUCAUACCGGAAUUGAUUCAACCUUAAUACAACAGAACAACACAGAAUACCAUUACUAGUUUCUUAAAACAUGACUUUUGUUUCUUUAGAACAUUCCACUAAGUAGAGAAGCGGCUUCUACAACAGCUGGUGUGAAUAGUAGUGUUGGUUUUCUUCCCUGCCUUGACUUUCAUACUGAUUGAUUAAUCCCUGCAGCUGUUGCUGUCUAGUUGUAAGUUUGUAACUUGUGUAUCCAGCCAACAGAGGUGGAUUAGCAUUGGGGUUGGCAUCUUGUUGUAAUCUCUUCGUGUGUUAGCCAAUGAAAUGAAAUUUACACG